UCAGGACUAGGUCUCGAGUUUUGUCAGGCUCAACCUCAACAAUAACAACAAUGCAACAGCAACAGCAACAACAACAACAACAAAAACUUCGUUUCAACCCAGAGCUAGGAGAGAAGAAUAAAAUACAAAUGUUAUGUGAAACCAAACUGUGUUCGUGUAAAUACUUGCGAGCAAUAACGAGGGUACCAAAUUGCAGGCAUCUUUCUUUCUUUCAGAUAUUUAAGGCCUCCAGUCCAAAGUUCAUGGAAGUUAUUUUAUUGGGCGCCAUAUGCACGUAUUGUACGCUUAUCGUUUCAUACUUCCAACCCACCAAUACCCUCUGUAUUGCCCGACCGUGGCUGCGCCAUAUUGGAUUCGUUCUUGUUUACGGACCUUUGGCUUUGAAAACAUGGAGGGUCGCAUUAAUUUUUCGUGUACGCUCAGCCCAGAAACUCGCCCUUUCUGACGGAGUGUUGCUAAAGCGCCUGUGCCUCCUGGUGCUACUCUAUUCCAGUUAUCUGACUGUCUGGACAGUCAUGCAGCCACCCAUUAUUGAGACAGCAGUGACAGCCGAUGACCUGAAGUACGAGCGAUGUGUGGAGAAUUGGUUUGAUCUCACAAUUAUAUUCGGGGACAUAGUGGUGUUGAUUUGGGGAAUGUGGCUUUGCUAUAAAAUCCGGAAUGCACCGGCCGCUUACAAUGAGAGCAAGUUCAUAAGUUGGGCCAUUUAUAACGCUAUGUUCGUCACCAGUUUCCUCAUGGUAGUCAGGUUAGAGUUCCCAUGCCCUUCUACGACAUUUGAAUCCAAGAUGGCGGCUUUUCGACUUCCACAGAGGUUUUGCUUCUGUGGUUGUGUAGAUUUGUUAUAAAGCAGCUGUUAAUCAUGUUAAUAUGCAUUUGAUAAAUCCUCAUCAAAAUUGAACUUAACUUGAGGAAACCGAACUGUCAAGAAGUGUAAGAUUUGUCAAAUUAUAGUGAAAACUGACGGAGGUAUACAAAAGGAGAAAGUACGAUAUCACUGAUAAAUAAAACUCAAGUGGAGACGAAUUGCUUCAGAAACAAAUGACUUCGAAUUUUUAGAAACAUUCAAUUGUUAGAGAUCUUUUACUUUUCUACAUCAUGUUUUUUAAUACUGACAUUUAUUUCUGUCGAUAUCAGAGUUACAACGAAAGGAAACACUAACCCAGACAUGAUGUAUGCGUUGGAUUUUGUCCUGAUUCACAUGAACUGUUCCACCGUGUUAAUUCUCAUGUUCAUCCACAAGGUACGCUAAUUGUUCUUAUAGGGACUGCAUGCACAGACCAAAUCCCUCUCCCCCCUCCAAAUAUGCUGGAGGGGGGAGGGGCCGGGGAAGAGGGGGUUGAAACUCAAGGAAGCAACCAUAAUGAGAAGAGCCUUAUGGGGGCCUCUUUCUCUACCUGUUCAGUCUGUUUGAGGAUAUUUCCCUUAUAAGUAAUCCAUCCAAUCCAUCUCCGACCUGGUAACUACCGUAAAAACCUAAUUGCAAGAAUCUAGUGGAGUUUUUUUUACCUGCUGGCAGAAAUUUGCCAUUCUAAUACCCAAAAACAUAAGCACCUGCUUAGCCAAGCUAGAUCAAGCAAGUUUCUUAUAUAUGGGUUACAGUUAAGUUAUGAACUCUUGUUAUUACAGAGGCAACACUAAAUAUUCUGUGAUUAGUUGUCUUAGACUUAUAUAGCGAUGAUAAUACAGUUCUGAACAAAUACUCUAUUUUUACGGUCAAAAUCCGAGUUUAUUUAUUUUUCUGGUAAUCAACAACUAUAUCUCCUUCUUAGAAAUUAAGAACAAGUACCUAUUUAAGCCUUAAUUGCAAAUAACUACCCCCAAAAUACAAGAACCUAUUUCGCCAGACUUCAAAAAAUGCAAGUUCUUACACGCUGGAUUUCACUGUAUUGUACACAGUCUCUAACGGUAUGUCCUUAUCAAGCGCAAAAAGAAAAGCGAAGUCUUUCAGUCCCUUUAGAGUUUGUCUUAUUCUCUUUCUUUAAGAGGAGAGCAAUAAGGGCUUCAGCAUAAACAGCCAUGUGUUACGCUCUUUAGUUAGUAGUUGUACUGAGGCCAGUUUUGUUUUCAGUUUUUAUUGGUACGCCAAAUGCAGCGAACAGUGAAUGCCACUCUUUCAUCACAUAACAACAUGCUAGUGCCCGAAGACGAAAUAGUUGUGGAAAGAACAGCUUACAAACAAGAGGAGUUACUGAAGAAAGAGAACCAAGUACUGAAGGUAGAUCAUUCAAAUUAGACAACCGAGCGAGCGUGUAAUCACCUUCCAAUUAAUGCUGAAAUAACAUUACCAGAUGUACAAAACACACUUCUAAGAAACGUAGUAUAGUGCUAGUAUUGUUUUCUCUUUGAGCAACUGGGUCUAAAUAAUAUUAAUAGCUUAGCAUGUGCGCUAUGCGUGGAGGCGCGGUGGCUAAUGGUUAGUGCGCUCGACUCCGGAUCGAGCUGUCCGGGUUCA